AUGUCUGAGUUCACUCCUGAGGAAAUUGGACAGCUUAUCAGUCGGCAUCCUGUCAAUUUUGAGCCCUACGAGGACCUUUACAAGUACCUCCACGCCCAUCCGGAACUAUCGCAUCAAGAGUACAAUACUGCGAAAACAAUUGCUUCGAAACUCCGCGCUAUUCCCGACCUUGAGGUGCACGAGAACAUCGGCGGUACCGGCAUUGGGGCAGUCUACCGUAAUGGCGAUGGUAAAACCAUUCUUUUACGCUCCGAACUAGAUGGCCUGCCAGUCAAAGAGCAAACCAACCUUCCCUAUGCGAGUAAGACUAUUGUGAAAGACGAGACUGAUGGAGUUGAAAAGGCCACCAUGCACGCUUGUGGGCACGAUAUGCAUAUGACAUGCCUCCUUGCUGCGAUUGAGGUGUUAAUUUCCUCAAAGAGAGACUGGUCGGGGACUCUGGUCAUCAUCUACCAGCCUGCUGAAGAAUUGGGGAAUGGUGCUAGUCGCAUGGUUGACGACGGUCUAUAUGAUAAGGUCCCGAAACCAGAUGUCCUACUCGGCCAGCAUAUACUGCCACAGCGAGCCGGCCGCUUUGGAAUGAAACCCGGGACGAUGAUGGCAGCAUCAGACUGCUUGAAAGUCACAUUCACCGGGCGAGGGGGCCAUGCCUCGAUGCCCAAUCGGACGAUUGAUCCAAUAGUGAUGGCUGCAAGCACGGUGAUGCGGCUACAGACCAUUGUCAGCCGCGAAAUUGACGUCGCCCAGGAAUUUGCUGUCGUGACAGUUGGUAGUCUGAACGCUGGACAUGCGGCAAAUAUUAUUCCUGAAAAGGCUGAAAUGCUACUAAACGUGAGGAGCAGGGAUGAGGGCACCAGGAGCAGAGUUCUCUCGUCCAUUGAUCGAAUUAUAAAAGCAGAAGGCCAGGCCAGUGGUGCCCUGCAGGAUCCUCAAGUUGAAACCACUCUUAAGUUCCCUCUGACGAUCAACGAUCAGGCGGUGACGGAGAAGCUGCAGGGUACCUUUGCGCUAUUUUCGCCAAAUUUCGAUCCGCAAUGGCCGACAUCCAAUGCGAGUGAAGAUUUCACGGUUCUUGGGACUUCGAUCGGGAAACCUUGUUGCUUCUGGUUCGUUGGAUGCACGGAAGUCGACGUCUGGGAUGAGGCAGAGAAGAAAGGAAGGCUGUCAGAAGACAUUCCAGUCAACCACUCUGCCUUCUUUGCCCCGGUGGUGCAGCCAACGCUUCGGACUGGGACGAAUGCGCUCGUUGCAGGCGCAUUGACCUUCCUUUCUAAACGCAAGUAG